GUGACUAGUGACACCACAAACCUCCUUCUAACAACUGCAUUCUAGCAUCUACCAGCUGUCAGUGUGCACAGUAACUAGUGAAUGGGGGCGCGUGGAGUGUAGCAGUGCUGACAGGAGGUAAAUCUGUAGGAGAACCACAUAUCAUGUCAGCAUGGGAGUUCAAGGACUUUGGAAGCUGCUUGAAUGUUCUGGAAGACCUGUAAAUCCAGAGACUCUGGAAGGAAAAAUCCUUGCUGUUGACAUUAGCAUUUGGUUGAAUCAGGCAAUAAAAGGAGCAAGAGACCGGCAUGGAAAUGCUCUUCAAAAUGCUCAUCUGCUCACUUUAUUCCAUCGGCUUUGUAAGCUGUUGUUCUUCAGGAUACGUCCCAUCUUUGUGUUUGAUGGUGAAGCACCUCUGCUAAAGAAACAGACUCUUGCAAGAAGAAGACAAAAGAAAGACACGGCGGCUAGUGAGGCCAAAAGAACACAUGAGAAGUUGCUGAAAACCUUUUUGAAAAGACAAGCUAUUAAAGCUGCCUUGUCGGGGAGCAAACAGAGAAAUGAAGAUUUUCCAAGCCUCCCAAAUGUACAGCGAAAGGAAGAGGAAGAUAUUUAUACCUUACCCCCCUUGGAGGAGAAUGAGAGAAAUAGCUCCGAAGAGGAAGAAGAAAAGGAAUGGGAAGAACGAAUGACUCAAAAACGGAUGGUUCAGGAUGAAAUCUUGGCCAAUUUUAAUUCAGUGGACAUAGACUCUGAAGAAUUUACUAGCCUCCCUGCAGAGGUAAAGCAUGAAAUACUGACUGACAUGAAGGAGUUUGCAAAACGUAGAAGGACAUUAUAUGAAGUUAUGCCAGAGGACUCCAAUGAUUUUUCCCAGUAUCAGCUGAAAGGACUGCUGAAAAAAAAUAAUUUGAGCAGGUGCCUUGAUAACGUGCGGAAAGAGAUGAACCAGCAGUACACGGGGGAGGUCCGCGCUCAGUUUGAGACAGAAGGGGGGUUUAUGAAAGAGGUUGAAACUCGCCGUCUGGUCUCAGAGGACACUUCUCAUUAUAUUCUAAUUAAAGGAAUAAAAGAAAAAGAUAAGAAAGAUGAUGUGCCCGAGCAAGCUAUGCCCUCUAGUUCUAGUGAUAUGCCAAAAACCUACCUUGAUAUGAAGCUGGCUUCUGCCCAUAAACCGAAGAAAGCAAAGGACAGCAUUCCAGAAGAGCGGCCACCCUCCCCAAGAACACUUUUUGCUAUACAGGAAGCAAUGAUGGAAAGUAACUCUGAUGAAGAACCUCAUAACAGUGGUGUAACCCAAAGCAAUGAAAUGGCAUCUGUGGGGGCAAUAGAUGGCAGUGUCUCGCCCAGAACCCUGCAAGCAAUUCAAGAGGCUCUUACUGAAGAUGAAAUGGCUUCGAGCAGGAAAAGGCCUGUUGGGAUAAAUGAUGGAAAGGAUGAGUUAAAGAUCUGGCAACCUAAAGCCAAGGUUUUGAUUAUUAGUAGCUCAGAUGAGGAAGAUGAAGACUUGGUUAUUGAGAGUGAAACAAAAACUGCCCUGGGUAUAUUUAAAGCAAGCAAUGAGGUAGACUGUUCUACCAAUAGUCUUACGAGUAGCAAUGAUAAAUCAAUAGUCAGUAGUUUGGUGUCUGUUACAAACCAUGGUGAGAUACCUCACAAAGUAAAUGUGACCAAAGCAGACGAAAAAGAUCUGAACAUGCAGGAAAAGAAAACUCCUCUCUGUUCUCAGGAUACACCUGUUGAGAAACCUGUGUUAAAUAUUUCCAGUCAAAGUAACAUAACUCCUUCACUUCAGAGCAACCUUCAAGAUCCAUCCAGUAGUAUAGCUACUCCAAUUUCCUUGGAGUUGGAGAACUCUAAAUUAAAGUUGAGUGAAAAAACUGAUGAUGAACUUAACCCCAGCAAAAAUGAAACUGACCUCCAGUCUUCACCAUCAGAGUCUUCGGGUUCUUCAUCACUGUCCAUACAGAAUAAUCCAGUGUUGGUGGUGCCACCACAGCAGAAGGCCAUUGAUACUGCUUGUAGGCAAGAAGAAUCUACUGCUAAUGUUCCAGAUACAAAUUAUGUCCCUAUGACUCCAGAAAGCAUUCCUAUUAUUGAUGAAGUAUUGGAUAGAGAUAAAGAAAUGGAUUCAGGCUCUGAGGGUAGUUUCAUUGAAGUAGAAAGUGAUUCAGAUGAUAGUAAUUCUCAGCAAGUACAAACAACUGAAUCUCCCAAAGAUACAAUGGAAAGGCAAGUGGGUGAUUUCACCAAGGCAGCAUCCACCUCUGCCACUCAGAUCGAAGACGCCUUCAGAGAAGAUGAGCGGGCAAAUGUUCCGAAUCCUGAACUACAGCAAAAUGAGGGAGAGGCCAAAUCCAAUGAGUGGCAAGACAUUAGUAUGGAAGAACUGGAGACGCUGGAGAAUAAUCUGUUUGUUCAGCAGACCUCGCUCCAGGCACAGAGGCAGCAGCAGGAACGUGUUGCUGCAUCUGUGACCGGACAGAUGUACCUAGAAAGUCAGGAACUUUUGCGUCUGUUUGGUAUUCCUUACAUUGUAGCUCCUAUGGAGGCAGAAGCUCAGUGUGCCAUUUUAGACCUGACGGACCAGACCUCUGGCACUAUCACAGACGAUAGUGAUAUCUGGCUUUUUGGGGCACGACAUGUCUACAAGAAUUUCUUUUCUCAAAAUAAAUAUGUGGAAUAUUUCCAGUUGUGUGAUAUUCAGAAUCAGCUGGGCUUAGAUCGUUCCAAACUUAUUAAUUUAGCCUACUUGAUGGGGAGUGAUUAUACUGAUGGAAUAUCCUCGGUUGGCUAUGUUUCUGCCAUGGAGAUACUGAAUGAAUUUUCUGGGCAUGGUCUAGAACCUCUGAUCAAGUUCAAGGAAUGGUGGACAGAAGCCCAAAAGAAUAAGAAAAUGAGACCUAAUCCACAUGAUACCAAAGUAAAGAAGAAAUUACGGGAUCUGGAGCUACAUCCUGCAUUUCCUAACCUAGCAGUAGCUGAUGCUUAUUUGAAACCUGUGGUAGAUGAUUCCAAAGGAGCUUUUGCCUGGGGCCGACCAGACCUAGAUGAAAUCCGGGAGUUCUGUGAGAGCCGCUUUGGCUGGUAUCGCUCCAAGACUGAUGAAGUCUUACUGCCAGUGCUGAAGCAGUUAAACACACACCAGACCCAGCUCCGGAUCGAUUCCUUCUUUCGGAUGGAGAACCACGAGGCUCAUGGUCUGAAGAGUCAGCGAGUGCGCAGAGCAGUGACUUGUAUGAAAAGAAAGGAAAAAGAUAGCGACGUUCUAGAAGUAGAAGAGGCCACAGUACUGAUGGAGAAAGAGUAUGCACUCGGGGAUAAGAAAAAUGCAAAGCCUAAAAGAAACCCACAGAAAGGGAAGAAGAAAAAGGAGACGAAAUUGGAUAGUCCUCCAUCUGAGAGUCCUCCAUCUGAGAGUGUGGUUGGUGGCUUUCUUGGGUCCGGAACCAAAUCUUUAUCUCCUAAGAAUGAAAAAUCAUUUGGGGAUGACUUGGACAGGAAAACACAAAAACUCAACAGUUGCACAGACCUUUGCAAGGGAACAAAGCCAAGCAAACCUGGCAAUGUUGGUUCAGGUGGAAAGACAGAAACCCUGGAAACAAGCAGUUCAAGUGACGAUGAAGACAAGGUAGUGCAGGUAGCAGCCAAGCCUGUGUUUCAGCGCAACAGUAAAAUACCAAAAACUCUGAGGGGUAGAAAGAAAUAAAAAAAAAUUGCAGUUUUGACCCUUAUAUAAUAUAUAUAAAUUGAUGUUUUUUUACCUGUUUAUGAACCAUCACCUAAAAUUAUAUGUUCUGCAACUAAUAAUAUUGUUGUUUGACUGCCAUUUAAUAUUUAGUGUUUUUGGCCAUGACUUGUUGCGAAGUACAUUUUAUACUACUCGCCCUCAAAAUCAGAUAUUUUUAUGUAACCUGCAUCAUGUGUUUGGGAAAAGGAGUUUACGUCCUUUUAUAUUGAUGGUCUGUUUUAUCCUGAGGAGAGGCUGCAGUAAAAAUAUCUGCCCACUACACAGUGACAGAGCUGUGUAGUUCCGGCGCUACUCCCAAAUUCAGAGUGUCUGACCCUUGCCGAUCAGAUAUUGAUGGUCUAUCCUGAGAAUAGGCCAUCAAUAUUAAAGGACUGGACAACCCC